AUGUCAGAGAAGAUAAGGUUUCUUGAGGAUAUUUUACAAGAGAGUGGAGGAUUUGGAUGUGGACAUGUUAAUGAAGCAUAUCUGGAAGAAGAAUUUCAAGAAUCUGAGUAUAAUGAGGAGGAAUCUGGUGGUGAUGAGGUUGAAUCUGAUAGUGAAGAGGAUUUAUGUGAUGAGGAUGAACAAGAUUUUGAUGUUAAUAAAGUUAGUGAUGUGGAGGUGUAUGAAAGUAAAAUUUCAUGUAUGUAUCAGAAGAUGGAGGAUUUGAAAAAGGAUCUUGUUGUAAAGACAAAUGAGGGAGUGUUGAAGUUUCCUCAAAGUAAAAAUUUGAAGAAUUGGAAAUUAUUAUUUCAUGUUGAAGAUUUAAGCACAGAAACUUUUGAUUUCUAUUAUGUUUCACAAAAAUAUAAAGAACUGAUAUUAACACCUGGUUUUGUUCAAGUUAAUGAUGAAGAUUAUGGGAAUGAUUUUCUUAAUGAUGAUGAAAAUGUUGAAGAUUAUGAUCAAGGGAAAUGUUCUGGUGGUCAGGGGGAUGGAAGUGGUCCACAUGAGGGCAAUAUUGGUAAAAAUCACGUUGAAGGUAAAGGUGAUUAUGAUGAAGAUGAUGAACAAGGAAGUGGAAGUGGAUGUAAUAAAGAAGAGGACAUGAAUUUAAAUUCUAUUGUCGAAAAUGUUACUAAGAGUGUGGGUCUAAUUGAUAGCCAGGAAGGUGUAUCUUUUAGUCAAUUUAUUUGCGAUCAAGUUGUUGAAAGUUUUCUUAAAACUUUGGGUCAAGGUACUAAUGGUUGUUUAAAUCAAAAACUAGUUGAAGAUGAUGUGAAUUUGAAUUUGAAUGGUAUUCAUGAUGGGACUGUAAAUUUGGGUGAGGAUGAUCAUAAGAAUAAAGUAAUUUUAGAUCGUAAUAUUGAUAAAAUUAUUGUAGCAAAGAAGGACAGAGACAGUGAAGAUAUUGAAGAUUGUUCAAAUAAAAAUAAAGAUGGAGAAAAUGUUGAAGAUUUUUCAAAUAAAAACAAUGAUUCAAAUGAGACUCGAUCAUUGAAAAAUGAUAUUGUUCCAAGUUUUAGUCUUGGAUUUAGUCAAGAUUCUGAAGGUUCCAAGAAGUCAUCUUAA